GUCCAGCCUCCAGGUCAUCCUCUGGGUAUUUUUUUAUGGUAAACAUCAUUGGGUCAUUGAUUUAACUGCUUAGGUCCUGUCCAGAUUCCUUCCAUCGAAGCUCCAGAGACUCCAGACCGACAAGAACAACGACGAAGAAGAAGAAGAACGCAGGAGUCAUAUUAUUCAUCUCUAAAUGGCAAACAAAGUUCAGAUCCCUACGAGGAACGCAGCCCUUAUUGCCAUGAUUGCUGAUGAGGACACUAUAACUGGUUUCUUGCUGGCUGGAGUGGGUAAUGUUGACAUACGGAGGAAGACAAACUACCUUAUUGUUGAUUCAAAAACUACUGUUAAAGCGAUUGAAGAUGCAUUCAAAGAGUUCACUUCAAAGGAGGACAUUGCCAUUGUGUUGAUUAGCCAAUAUGUUGCAAACAUGAUCAGGUUUCAUGUUGAUAGCUACAGCAAGCCAGUUCCUGCAAUUUUGGAGAUUCCAUCCAAGGACCACCCAUAUGAUCCAGCCCAUGACUCGGUUCUUUCACGAGUGAAGCAUCUCUUCUCUGCUGAAUCGGUGGCAAGGCGUUGAGUGCAGGAAAUUAUGCUACAUUUAUGUGCACCUAUAUAUGAUAUCCAUUUUUUUUUCCAUUUUAGUUGAUUGUGUCCUCUGUAUUUGGCUUUUUUUUUUUUUUUUAAAGAAUCAUAAAUGCAAAGUGGGCUGUGCUAGGCUUAUAAUAAUUUGAAUAAAUUACUGGUUAAAAGACAAUAAGAAGUGUAGCAUUUGGGAUUUA